AUGUUUAUUCUCUUACUUGUCACACUUUCUUUGGCGGACGUGUACUCACCUUUCAAGAGGACUGCAGUGAUCCAAAACCGAAUUAACACUGUUCGUUCGGAGACUCUUGGACUCAGAGAACAAAUUGAGCGUUUUGAGCAAACCGAACGUACUCACUCCAAUAAACUUCAUUAUUUGUAUAGAGACCUUAAAUAUGCAACAGUUGUAGAAGAUAGAACACGACUUGAACUUGAGAUUGAAAGAGAGCAAAAACUGCUUCAUGAGGCUCGUAUGUCUAAAGUUAGAGUCUUGAGAGAGAUGAGAUCGACAGCAGAUAAAGUUACUCAACCAUUCAGAGAUAACAUUGUCAGAGGUAAUAAACUUGAAAGAUUUGUUGGUGUUGAAGACACUGGUAAUUAUGUUGAACAACGCAUGAGAACACAGAAGAUGAUCACCAAAAUUGCAAGUAAAUUGGCAAAGAAGUAUGCAACUAUUGCUGCUUCUGUUGCUGCUAAGAAGAGUGUUAAAGUUGCAACAAAGAAAUUCAAGGGAGAUGCUGAAAAGAUUAAAGAAUAUGUUGAAAAGAAGGCUACUAUGGCUUACACUUCUACACAUUCUAAGAUCGUUCAAAGGAUUGCUGCAGCUUUCGAAAAGGGCUAUUCGUUGAAUGUCGCAGAAACUGCUCGAGCGGCUAUUGAAAAAUUGGUGAAGAAAAUCAACAUGAAAGAGACUAUGAUUGCAUCAACCGAGAACCUCCACAAAGUCACUGAUAAAGUGUUGAAGUCACAAAUCAAACAACUGAAACAAGCUGAAGUUGUCAAGAGAAGACCAAUCCGUCAAAGAGAGCAAUUAAAAGAAUCAGAACAAGCACAACAAACAGAAAAUUAA